CCCCCCCCCCGAGUUUACUGUAGUGUAAAAAUAAAAGCAAAAAUUAAAAAAUAACAGUGAAUAGUGAAUGUGUUAAAUAAUAAAUUGUUAAAUUGUGAUUCAGUUAAAGUUUAAUCAUGUAACUAAUGCUGAUUUGCUAAAUUUGGCAGAUAACCAUAGUAAAUCCAAUUCAAUGUGUCAAUAAAAGAAAUAUAGUUAGGCCUAGCUGAUGACCGGUGGUACACUAUACUACACUCAAUGCAUUUUGUCAGUGCAAAUAUCAUUAGACAACACCUGAAUAUAACAAGAUAUAGUAGACUACAUGUAUCUUAAACAAGGCUAUGAAGGAAAUAAAAGGCACGAAUUAUUUAGAGUAUCAAAAAGUUUUAGGUUGUUAUUUACCAUGCCAAUAGUACGCAACCUCUUGAAUUUCAACAGGAGGUGGCAGCAUUGCUCAAUAAAUGCAGACACGAGUACAGCAGCCACAUGAUGCGUUCACAAUAAAGAAAUAGCCUGUAGUAUUACCAUAGUCUACGUAGAUGCAGAAUUUCCAUUGCUAUGUAAUUAAUCCGUUUUUUUUUAUUCAUUUAAAACUACUUGAAAUUAUUUUUACAGAAUUUAUUAUUAAAUAGCCUAUAGAUAUAUAAGACACUAAAUAAAACACCCUUGUCAAGAAGUCCAUACUAGCCUACAUAUGGCUACUAUAAUUUGAAUCAACCAUAAAGGAACCUAAUCCUAAUAAAAAAAAACCUUUUUAAACUUAGAAAUGUCAGUUUUCAGUUCACCCAGUUUUCAGAUUCUUUGAACCCAUUAGGAUCAUUUAGCUAAACUGUAAAAACAAAAUGUUUUCAAUUGUAGUCAAUUAGCUAUCCGAUUUUCCAGCAGCUGGAAAGAAACCACAUUCUACUUUUCAUUACACUAUACUAUGCUACUUUACUAUAAUUAAUCCCAUAAUAAUAAUAACAACAAUAACAAUGUGUACUUCAAAGCUCCUCCGUAAUGCAAUUACACAACAAGUACACAUUGUUCAUUUGUCACUAUAUUUAUACAUGUAAAUAGACAGUAACAUGAAUACUGCAAAGUAUGACCGACUUUCCAUUUUACAAUAGUGUAUUUAUAAAUAACGGCAGCGCAUAGUUACAUGGCGUAUUUUCAACACCGCCUCUAAAUAAAACUUUAUAGCGGUGUUUAGCUCGUGAAUGAAUCGGUGUUUUGAACGAAUCUUUUAAGUGAACGAAUCGUUCUCCUACUGGCCUCACUGUGUAUAUGUUGAAACAUCAGUGUAAAUGAAUCUUUUUACUGAAGAUUCGAGUCACUGGAAUGAAUCAAAAAUCCCCACCAGUGCAUUUGAAUCACAUGUCUCUCACAGCCCCCUAGGAUGAUUGACAUUAGAACUGUCCAAUCAACGAGGUCAGUUCCAAAAUAGGCGGGAUUCUUAGUUGUAUCGUAACAAGCUAGGCUACAACCCCCAGUCUCAACUCCUCCAUACAAACAUACACGAGCGGUGCCUUGUUUUGGUCUGUUACUGCUUCACAAAAUAGAAAACUCAGCGACUUUUGGAGGAACUUAUGCAGCUGUUGAAGCGAACUCGGUACGUUUCCGUUGUAAAUAACGGUCAGAUGCAUACUUUGCGCUCGUGCUUUGUGUAAUUGCACUUUUGGGAUUUUUGCAGACAGCGCUUUGAUCUCCGGGGUAAAUGGGGUCGUCGUACGCUGCUGACUGCGCUUGUUUUGAUAAUGCAUUCGGAUCUCCGGACUAAAAAGGACACUGUUUUGUAACUUUCACUGUUUUGUAUUUUUGUACAUCAUAAACUUGGUGCUUUCCGGUACUUGCAAUAUUCUUUGAGGAUGCCCGAUGGAUUAUUUAAACUUAGUUUUAACAAUGUAAUGCUGCUGAGGAAACUGUUAUAAUUGAAGCUUUUGUCGGUACGCACAAAAGUGACUUGUUUGAGUGCUAUUUUUCUAUUUUUACUUAAUGGAAACCCAGCGUUCACAUUUGACGAAGAUUACAUGCAUAACGCUUUGACUUUCAAUCCUGCAAUUUUUCCAUAAAUUAUUUUUUAUACCAUGGCAAGCCCGACCACGGAGCAAGGAUGUUUUUCGGACGUGAAAAAGGUGGGUUAUUUAAGGAAACCCAAAAGCAUGCACAAAAGGUUUUUUGUACUGAGGGCGGCGAGCGCCUCCGGACCGUCCCGACUGGAGUACUACGAAAACGAGAAGAAGUGGAGACACAAGUCUGGAGCACCGAAAAGGUCCGUUCCGCUGGAGAGCUGCUUUAACAUCAACAAAAGAGCGGAUUCUAAAAACAAACAUCUCGUCGCGCUUUACACCAAGGAUGAGUACUUUGCCAUCGCUGCUGACAGCGAGUUAGAGCAGGAGUCAUGGUAUCAAGCCCUGGUUGAUCUUCAUAACAGAGGUAAAGUCCACGAAACUGCCGCGGGCCGUGGAAUUGGCGAGGAUAAUUACGGGGAAGCCACGCCGGGACCUGCCUUCAAAGAGGUUUGGCAGGUUAUUUUGAAACCAAAGGGUCUGGGUCACAUAAAAAACCUGAUUGGCGUUUACAGAUUAUGCCUCACUAAUAAGACUAUCAGUUUUGUGAAACUCAAUUCAGAUGCGGCCGCAGUGGUCCUGCAGUUGAUGAACAUUAGAAGAUGUGGUCACUCUGAAAAUUUCUUUUUCAUUGAAGUUGGGAGAUCUGCCGUGACAGGACCCGGGGAGUUUUGGAUGCAAGUUGACGACUCAGUCGUGGCUCAGAACAUGCAUGAAACUAUAUUAGAAGCCAUGAAAGCCAUGAGUGAGGAGUUCAGACCCCGCAGCAAAAGUCAGUCAUCUUCCAACUGCUCAAACCCCAUCUCAGUGCCUGUCAGGAGGCAUCAUCACAAUAAUCCUCCCCCCAGUCAGGUUGGCUUAGGCAGGCGCUCCCGGGCCGAGAGUGUGACAGCCACUUCUCCUGUUAGACCCGGCAAACACAGCCAUUCAUUCAGAGUGAGAGCGUCCAGUGAUGGGGAGGGCACCAUGUCCAGGCCGGCGUCCGUUGAUGGGAGUCCGAGCACAGCCCGACCUCAAUCGCAGCGACACAGGGGUGGAUCCAGACUUCACCCUCCGCUCAAUCACAGCAGAUCAAUCCCCACGCCCACCUCGCGGUGCUCCCCCUCAGCCAUCAGCCCCGUCAGCCUGUCUUCCAGCAGCACCAGCGGCCACGGAUCCACGUCUGACUGCCUCUUUCCACGCCGCUCUAGCGCCUCAAUAUCUGGAUCGCCCAGUGAUGGCGGAUUCAUUUCCUCUGAUGAAUACGGAUCUAGCCCCUGCGACUUUCGAAGCUCCUUCCGUAGCGUGACUCCGGACUCGCUUGGCCACACACCGCCUGCUAGGGAGGAGGAGAUAAACAACUACAUCUGCAUGGCCAAGCCCGGUUCACUUCCUGGCACCGGGAGCCAAUCGCGAAGCCAAUCCAGAGGAACGCCAUCAAGACUAGAGGAGCCCGAGUUGGAAAAAUGUUUCCGGAAACGAACGCAUUCUUCUGGUGCAUCGCCGCCAACUCCGUGCCAUCAAAAGACUCCUUCGCAGUCGUCUUCCGCAUCGCUGGAGGAGUAUACUGUAAUGAUGCCGGCAUACCCACGAAGCCGCACUGCAUCGUCAUCAUCGUCAACGCACAGGCACUCAUUCAUGCCUACCCAUUCAUACCCAGAGGAAGGUAUCGAUACGUCACAAGCAAAAGACCACAGUCGACCAGAUCACAAAGAUGACGGCUACAUGCCCAUGCAGCCAGGCGUUGCACCUGCGACCCCAACGGUGAAAAGUGGUGACUACAUGCCCAUGAGUCCAAAAAGUGUUUCUGCACCACAGCAAAUUAUCAACCCCCGGCAACACUCGCAUGUUGACUCCAAUGGUUACAUGAUGAUGUCACCAAGUGGCAGCUGCUCUCCAGAUGGCACAACAAACUAUGGCAAGAUCUGGACUAAUGGCAUCAACCCUAAGCUGUCCAUGGAGAGUAUGGAAGGUAAAGUGUCAUCUUGUGGAGAUUACAUAAACAUGUCCCCGGCUAGUUGUUCAACGACUAGUACGCCUCCAGACUGCUUUUUCAACCCUGUAGAAGACCCUCCCAGGCCAAUGUAUGCUUACUUCUCUUUGCCCCGCUCCUUCAAACACGCCAACAGGAAGCAGGACCAGAGCCCUCUCCGGAUAUCACUGGGCUCUAACCGAUUGCCGUACGCAGACUCUUCCUCGUCUUCCGCGAGCAGCGACAGCUUGGGUGGUCAAGGCAACUCGCAGCAGUCUGCUGUCAAACCCAAAAGGUCAGAGGGCAACAGUAGGCUGACACGGCCAACACGGCUGUUAUUGGAUGCUAGCAAAGCAAGUACUCUCCCACGAACACGUGAGAGUCCCUUCCCUGCAGAGCCCAAAAGUCCUGGCGAGUAUGUCAACAUUGAGUUCAACGACAAGCCAUUAUCAGCAAGCUUAGCAUCGCUGUUCCCACCUGUGUUUUCCGGAAGUGAUGCUGACGCCCAGUCAGACCUUUCAUCAUCUGAGUACAUGAACAUGCAGCCGGGGUCACAGGCCAGGCGGUUGUGCCCAGAAAUGCAGAUUUCCACUUCCUGUUCAGAUUAUGCCAUCAUCAACCCAUCAAACUCUGAAUCCUCCCCUCCGCUGCCCUGUGAGAGCAUAUGCAACCGUGACUACAUCAGCAUGCAGUUAGCAUCCUGCACUAGCUUUCCUAAUACAGAAAUGAUGCUGAUGACUGAGGCCUUGCCAGAUGCGGAUGCCCCUCCUUGUUCUGUAUCACCCAAUCAUGGGGUGACAGUGUUAAGCGGUGCCCCAGGAAGACCAGCUCUGAUGGGCCCUUUGUCAGGUCUUAGUGCAUUCACACGGGUUAACUCCACUUCCGGGUGGAACCAGGGGGCUAAAGUAAUCCGGGCUGACCCACAGGGUCGACGGAGACACAGUUCAGAGACUUUUGCCUCCACGACACCAAGAGGGUCAGUUGACACAUCAGCCACCUGUCAGUCAGGUGAUGUAAAGCGCCACAGCUCCGCCUCUUUCGAGAAUGUAUGGUUAAGACAUGGUGAGGCCUCUGCUGCUUCUACCGCUCCUCCUGCAUCUACAGUAACCAACGGACGAAGGGAAAACACUUCAGGCCCAGUUCCCGUGUUAACAAACCAUGACCAGAACGGCCUGAACUACAUCGAUCUGGAUCUAGUGCAGAAUGGAGAGCAGCAUGUUCCAGACUGGAAUGCUUUCCAAUCUCGGCCAGUGGAGCUGGAAGCCGUGGAAGUUAUAGAAGAGCUCAGUGCCUACGCCAGUAUAAACUUCAAGAAAUCAGAUGAGACCAGAGGGAAUCUCGCACACAGAGAAGAGCCGCUUGUUAAAGUCGACACAGGCAGAGAUAUGGAGGGAUGGAGAGGAAGUAAAGAGAGAGAAUGAAGAGUAGAAAGCCGCCGCUCCUUCAAGCAUCAAGACUCAAAAUCUCUCCCCGUUCACCACAAGCCAGACCUCAGAAACUGGACCUCAAUAAACUCACUAACCUCAUUUUCCAGGACCGCAUUAUCACCCGGACGCUACCAAAAGCAUAUGGACAAAACAGAUCUCUCAACAUCACGUAUCCGGACCUCACAAAUGCUGGAUUCCACUAACCAUAAAUCUCCGGACUUUUACUAUGUGCACCUUUUUAGACAUUACCAGACGUUACUGUCCAACUGUUACAGACUCGGUACAAAUCAAUUUCUGCCAUCAAACAUGGUAAAAUGGCACCUUUUGAGGUGAAGGGCGAUGGUACUGCAGUAGUAGUAGUCUCUCAACGAUGUUAAUAUUUAUGUAAAUGAUGGUACACAUGUUUUUGGUACAGGGAUGCUUUACAAAGCAGCCAUAUUGUGUUGGGUUUGUACGACAGUCCCCAACAGUGUUGAUUGUACUUCGGUACUGCCAGACAUUUCCAUUACAGAUGAGAUUACAUGUUGCGAUCCAGCUCUCAAUUAGACACUUUUAUACACCCAGUACGGACGACCUCAAACAGCCAGACUUGACCUCAGGACUUUACGAAAGAGUUUACACACACACACUGUGUUUCAGCACUGUGAGCCAUGACUGACCUCAUGCUGCCAAACACACACUGUGAUGUCUGUCAAACCCUCGUUUCAUUUCAUACCUGCUCAAGUUAUAUUCUGUUUAAUUGUAAUAAUAAGCAUGUAACUUAUGUGGAGUUUAUACUGGCCUCCAAACAGAACUCCACCCCCUUUUUAUUUUAUUUUAUUACUUUUAAUUUAUUUUAUUUUUUUAUAUAUAUAAUUUUCUGUUUUAUUUCUAUUUUUAUUUUAUUUUUAUGCUAAUUUUUAUCAAUUAGAGUCUCAUAUAGAAUAUAUAUUUGCUUCCAAACAAAUUUUAGGACUAAUUUUUUUUUUUGAUGUUAUUUUCUGGGUUCUUUCUUUUAUUUUUUAAAACCGUUCUUCUUUUUAUUUGUUUAUUGUUUUCAUGCAAAUUUUUUUUUUUUUUUUUAAAUAAUUAGAGAAUAUCUCAUAUAUUUUAUAUGGUUUAUAUUGGUUACCAUAGAUCGAAUUUUCCAUAAUACCUGAUUUGGCAACUAACAAUACAGUUGAGAUUUUGUGAAUGAUGUCAGGUGAACAUUUUUAAUUCUGGCACUAACAUUACAAGUGAAUAAGUGGCCUUACAGCCCAAAUAAAAAGCUUAUUCAAUCAAUCACGUUCAUGGGCGUGUAAUCCCAUGACAAAACUAACGUUUCUGAUCAAAUUGUAUCACCAGUAUUUGGUCAAACUGAACAAAAACUUGCACAAGAAUGUGCCGUAACGUUUCUGUAAACGUCUAAACCUUGAAGUGCAAGUCGUUUUUACAGGCAGCAGUACUGUUUUUUCAUUUUAAGCAUCCUGCUGUUAAGUCUCGGAAGCCAGUCAAAGUUGCUUGCAACUUUUUUUAGGCUGUUUUAUUUCAUUACAGUUGAAUCUUUUAUUUCAUAUGGUUUAUUUUUGCUUAAAAUAAAAUGCUGUGGCGAUGGUAAGGUCACAGCAACAGGUUAAAAAAAAGAAAAAACUCGAUGUCUGUCAUGUUUGCUGCUGAAAUUAAACAAACAAUGAACAAUCUGUAAAUUAUUGAAUAUAUAGAAAUGUUGUUCUUGGUUCUCUUUUAAGAGUGAAAGUAUUUAACAUUUCAUGGUUGGUGUUUCAUUAUCAUUUUUUUUUUUCGUUAAGAAUCUCGACACAUGUUUGUAAAAUGUGUCUACUGUUCUGAAAGUUUUUUUUUUGUUUUUUUGUGGGGAAUAUUUGCUUUUAUAGUAAAAUGUAUAAUCCAACAUUUUCGAGAGAAUGGUACGGUUCUAUACUGUAGAUUCCUUAUUAAAAUAUGCUUAAUGUAACAUGCACAUCAGGGACUCCCCCCCCCAACUCCGAACGGUAUCACUUUUGGGAACCUGUUACACUUGUUACGCUGUUCCCUGAGCUCCGAUUGGCUGUGACAGUGGUGUCCCUGUAACCUGAUAGGCCGUUCUAAAGGUUGCCUGUUAUUCGAUAGGUUGCAGUUGUCGAUUUAUCACCCUGCGGUUGUGUUACGAUACAGGGUGUGGGUCAUCACUCUUCCCACCAUUAUGUGGCCAAACCUUCGACAUCUCAAACAAACUUGUUGUUCUUUGUAAAUAAUGUAUUGUAUAAAAGAAAACUGAUUAUUGGUGGAUAUUGGACUGACCAGAGAUGUUUGGUUUUAUGGAUGCUCAAAGCAAGCAGAUGAUUGGUCACCUUUAAUGAAUGAAUUGAAACAUGUAAACAGUAUGAGUGGAUGUACAGAUGAAUGGAUGUAUGCACAUGUAAACAAAUGUUUGUUUUAAAUGAAUGAAAUGAGCAGCAGCAAGGAGAGGGCUGUGUAUACCCCUUCCCUCCCCCCUAUUUAGAAGAAUGGUAUCUUCUGGAUCCUUGACGUGUAAUAAAGUAGAAGCGCUUAUCUUUUCUGAA